GGCAAGAAGCAAGACCCCUUAUACCCUGCACGUUUUAAGCGCUUUUAUUUUUGAUUAUUUUGACACAAGUCUAAUCUUUCGCUGGGCGAUCAUGUUUGAGCGUCGUGCCAGCGAACGAUACCGUCUGCGCCUCCACCGCGCCCGCUCCGUCGUCCUCACCGAGCAGGAAAUCGUUGAAGUCCGCGCCGCACAACGCACUUUCGAAGGAGCGUACAUCCGUACCUCCCUCUCCCAGUUCUCCUUCGCGCUUGUCGUGCUGAAGAUUUUCACCGCCGAGUUUUACAGCAUAGGUGCGCUGUUCGCCGUCUAUGGAGCGGCCGUGAUGGUUGUCGGCCUGUUCCGCCGGCAGCAGGGGAACAAGUCGUUCUUCUCGGAGGUUGACGAUGAUGGUGUGAACAGGAAGAAGUUUCGGACGAGUGGUAAUGUGGUCGUGGUCCUGACGGCGCUGAGUGUCGCAGCGUACGCGUGUCUGAUGGCGUUGACCGUGACGCUUGAUAUAUGAACUUUUGUAUGGCUGAAAGGCCCUCCGGAGAGUGAAAGAUUGUUUUGAUUCAAGGUAAUAUCUUUCGGUUGGUUAAAGGGGGGUUAUUGUCCUAUUUCAGGGCGAAAUGGGUGGACUUGGUUUGGUGAAGCCUGAGGCGCUAUCUUUGUCUGGGGGUAGCCGCAUUCGAAGUUGUCGGUGCGUCAUUGCUUUCGGACGACCGAGCGAGGUGUGAGAAGCACAAACGGCUCUCGACGGCUUUGAAAGCCAGAGCAGCUGGGCGUCUGAGAUGGCGCCAAAGGGGACUCAUCACGGUCAAGCGGCCUUGACCGGUUCCCGAGGCGGCUCAGGCUCGGGAUAAGAGAAAGCUGGUUGAAUGCAGCUCACCGAAAUGCUGGUUUACAGUGCGACCAGAGGCAAUGCGGCCAAAGGUAAUAUGCAUGUCUACGGAGGUAUUUUCGCUCUACGCAGU